AUGUCAUGGUAUUCUCAAAUUUCAUUUAGAGUUUUUGUAGUUGCAAAAAUGGGUGGCUAUACUGAGCCAGCUAGAUCAAGAGCUCAUGGUUCCCCAUACAAAAUAUUACUUACUAAUUAUGAAAAAAUCUGUGAGGAUGUUAUGAAAUUUAUACAAAAUUUAGAAAGUUCUAAAAAUCUGAAUAAAGUUAUUAAGAGUAUAGAAGAUUUAAAUGAAAUAAUAAUUAAAAAUAGCAUAACUUUAGCAGAAUUAAAAAAAAAAUAA